AUGUUUAAUUUUGUUUUUUCAUAUUUUAAAAAUGAUCCAAUUAAGGAAAAUAAUGAAGAUAAUGAAGAUAAUGAAAGUGAUAGUUAUGAAAGUGACUAUGAAGACAAUGAAGUUACCGAUGAUAAUAAAAAUAAAAAUUUACAACAACAACAAAAUAAAAUAUUUCCAAAUUAUUUAAUAAUUUCAAUUUUAAAUAUGAUAUUAAAUUCUGAAUAUAAAGAUGGUAUUAAAAUUAAACAUUUUCCAACAAAGAAAAUAAAUAUUUUUCAAAAUAUAUUAAAGAUGACAUUAGUUUCAAAGAAUUUUGAAACAAAUAUUAUACCACAUUUGAAUUAUCCAAUUUUUAUAAUAAAGAAUUCAAAAGAUAUGCUUUAUAUUCAAAAACUAGUUAAAAAUGGUAUUACUCCAAAUUGUAAAAAUCCAUUUGUAAAUAUUAAUCAAUUAAAUAUUAAUUUACCAAAUGAAUAUAAAUUGACUGAAACGAAUCCAACCAAUUCAAUAUUUAAAAAAUUAUUAUUAUUUAAAGAGAAUUUUAAACUUGAGAAACUUAAAAUCUCAACAGCAUUAGUACCAAAUGAUAUGGAUUGUGAAGUUCCUUCGAUUUUAGUUGAAUUUAUAAUUAAACAUCAAAUUAAAGAAUUGGAAUUACAUAAUUUACCAGCAAUUAAAAACCCAAAUUUUACAGAGAAUAAACCAAUUUUAAAUUAUUCAUUUCUUUCAAACAGAAUUGAGCUAUGUAAUAUUCAACAUUUAUGCUUAAAGAAUCAAUUGUUGUCAUGUGAUAGAGUGAUGGAUUUUUUAGAACUAAUUCCAAGAUUAUCAAGUUUAGAUUUAACAAAUAAUAGAAUUGGUUUAGAUUAUAGAGAGUGCUUUACAAAUGCAAUUGGAAAGGCAAAUCAAUUAUCAAGUUUAAAGCUAUCUUCAAAUAUUUUAAAAGAUAAUAUAUUACAAUUAUUACCAAUUUUAAAAUCAAAUUGUUAUCAAUUAACUACAUUAGAUCUUAGUGAAAAUUAUAUAACUGAUGAAUCAAGUAAAUCAAUUGAAGAAUUUAUUCAAUUUAAUAAAACAAUUGAAUCUUUAAAUUUAUCUGGUAAUUCAUUCACUGAAUUAGGUGUUAAUUUAAUUUUUAGUUCAUUAAUUCAAAAUGAAACACUAACAGAUUUAACAUUAUCAAAUUUUCAAAAUUUUAAUACAACUUUAUUCUCUGAAUAUUUAUCAAGUAGAAAUAGUAAUAAUUUAAAAUCAUUAAAUUUAUCAAAUAGUAAAAUUUUAUGUUCAUCAAAUUUAAUUUUUCAAUCAUUAUCAUCGCCAUCAUUAAAAUAUUUAGAUUUAAGUUAUUGUUUAAUUAAUGAUGAUUCACAAAUUAAUUCAUUAUCACAAUAUUUUAAUUCAAAUGAAAAUUGUAAAUUAGAGAAAUUAAAAUUAUUGAAUUCUUUUAAAGAAAGUGUACCAUGUAAAUUAUUAUUUUCAAAUUUAUCUCAAUCAAUUACAGAUUUAGAUUUAUCAUUAAAUUAUUUAGAUAAUGAAAGUUCAAUUGAGCUAUCAACAAUUUUAGAAACAAAUAAAUCAAUUAGAUCUUUAAAUUUAACUUGCACAGUCUUUAGAAAUCUAGGUUCACUAUUUAAUGCUUUAAAGCUUAAUAAUACUUUAUUAUAUUUAAAUUUAUCAAGAAAUUCAAUUAAGUUAAAAGAUAUUAUUGAUUUUCAAUUCUUACUUGUUAAUAAUUCAUUGAUAUCUUUAAACCUAUCAAAUAAUGCUAUUGAAACAAAUGAAAUGCUUCAAUUUUUUAAACACCUCUCUAAAAAUAGAUCAAUUAAAUAUUUAGAUAUUUCAAAUAAUCCUACAAAUGGUGAUAUUAGAUUUCCAAGUUUUAAAAGAAGAAAUCAAAGAUUAUCUUUGGAUAUUAAAGUUUCAAACUUUUUAAAAAAUAAUCCAUAUUUAACAAAAAUAACAAAUAAUAUUAAAAUUGAUAAAAAUAAACCAUAUUCAAUAACAAAAUAUGAUUCUUAUACUUCUGAUUUUUUUGCUUUUCAACAAAAGAAACCAACGAAAAGAGCUGCUUAUUAA